AUGGAGCAGUUUGUCGUAUUCAGGCCGAGUGGCGAAGUUUUGUAUCAUUUCGGCGCUUCCGGGCGAAAAUUGCAGGAGCAACAGGUAAAUAAAAUUGUUUCUGAACUUGUCGGUUCUCCACCCAGAAAAACGAGCAACAACGGAUUCCCAGUGAUCAACUUAGGUUCUUUUGCCGCCAUGUACACAUCUACAAUGCAACCGCACGUUUUUUACCUGGUUACGUUUGCUGCUGAGACUUUGGAACUGAGUCAACUGGCCAACAAGCUCUUGCAGCUUGGAACAGAUCUAUGGGCAUCUUUGGGAUUGAACGAGAUAAUUGCCCAGAAUCUGAGUGGCAGAAACGAGAAAAAUGAGCAUAAUUUCACAUGGUGUCUUAACGGUGCAGGUGAACUAAUUGGGAAAUUCGGAGAGUACUUUGGGGCGAAAUUCGACGAAAUAUGCUCUGAAACGAGAUCUCUAAAUGGGGAGGCGCAACAGCAGACGCAAGCUGCACCGUCGUUAUUGGGAUCGGUUUCUAAGGCCCAGGGCAAAUCCAAAUCGAAGAAAAAGCCCCAGAAGGGAACUGGUGUCAAAAAUCGGAAAUGGGGUCGUGAUGGGAUUAUGGAGGACACGUAUGAGGGUGACUCAAGCACUCUUGAUUUUUCCGAAUCUGCUUCUGAUUUUGUAGCGGCUUCGGAAUCCAGAGAGAAUUCUGUCGUGGAUGAAUCCACUUUUGGGACCAGAACCGGUAAAGGUGAGUUUUUGAUCAAAGAAAUCGAUGAACUACUGAGCAAGAGCAAAGAGGUCAAGUCCAGACAGCAGCAAGCUUCUACAACUACGGGGGCCUUUGGUUUUUUGCAGAAGCAUUUGAUGGGUAAUAAGACUAUAAGCACCACAGAUCUGAAAACAACUUUGGAUAAAUUCAGACAAAAACUGAUCACCAAGAAUGUAGCGCCUGAAGCUGCCGAAUACUUGUGCUCUCAGAUCUCGCAAGAUCUGGUUGGUUCUAAGACACCCAAUUGGACUAGCGUCGAAGCAGUUGCCAAGCAGUCUUUGCAAACUUCAUUGACGAAUAUAUUGACUCCGGGCGUCUCCGUUGAUCUCUUACGCGAAAUCCAGGAAAAAACGGCAACCGUGGAUGGUAAAGGUCAUAAGAGUCCUUACGUUUUCUCCGUCGUGGGGGUGAAUGGUGUUGGAAAAUCUACCAAUCUGUCAAAACUGGCAUUCUGGCUUUUACAAAAUAAUCUUAAGGUUCUCAUUGUGGCUUGCGACACUUUCAGAUCCGGUGCCGUCGAACAGCUGAGGGUUCAUGUUGAGAAUUUGGCUCAACUCACGGAUAGUGCUCAUAAACGCGGCUCAAAGAAUAAAAGAGGUAAGACUGGGAAUGAUCAUGUUGAGCUUUUCGAGUCCGGAUACGGUGGAUCCGAUCUGGUAACGAAAAUUGCCAAACAAGCCAUUAAUUACGCCCGUGAUAACGCGUUUGAUAUUGUACUAAUGGAUACAGCUGGUAGAAGGCAUAACGAUCCUACCUUAAUGUCACCACUGAAGUCUUUUGCCGAUCAGGCCAACCCUGAUAAGAUAAUUAUGGUCGGUGAAGCUCUUGUCGGGACAGACUCCGUGCAGCAGGCCCAAAACUUUAAUGCCGCUUUUGGCAAAGAACGCAAUUUGGACUUUUUCAUUGUUUCGAAAUGUGAUACUGUUGGCGAUAUGUUGGGUGCCAUGGUUAACAUGGUUUACGCUACUGGUAUUCCGAUUUUAUUUGUAGGAGUCGGACAAACCUAUACUGAUCUAAGAACGCUGAGCGUUAAAUGGGCUGUUGAUACAUUAAUGUCUUGA